CAACACAACCCAAAACCACAACAAAACCAACAAACAUAAUGGCAAAACGCAAGCGGAACCAAAACCUCACCGCUGCGGCGGCACCGGUAGAGGAGCCAAUAGUGGCACCUAAGAAGACCAAAACCGUCAAUGCCCCAAAGCAAAGCAAACCUUCGAAAGCAGGUGCCAAAUCAUCUGCAUCUGGAAGCAACGUCACAAUCCAGAUCAUCACCGGCUCCUACGACCGCAUCCUCCACGGAAUCACCGCGACCCUCCCCGCCACCGAGGCCGCCACCUUCUCCGACACCUUCCUCUUCACAGCGCACACCUCCGCCAUCCGCGCCCUCGCCCUCUCCCCCCCUUCAGCCCCAACCCCAAACCAGCCACAAAAAAUCCUCCUCGCAACCGGCUCCACCGACUCCCGCAUAAACCUCUACCACAUCUCCGCCCACCCGCCACGCAAACACACCGUCCCCGCCCUCCCUGGCCUCAGCUCCCGCGCCGUUGUCGAGAACCCAGCUAACCGCGAGCUGGGCUCCCUGAUGCACCACGCCGCUGCUGUUACAGGGCUGCACUUCCCAACUCGUGGAAAGUUACUUAGUAGCGCUGAGGACUGCACGAUGGCUGUUACACGCACUAGGGAUUGGAGUCUUCUCUCGUCUAUUAAGGCUCCGGUGCCGAAGGCGCAGGGAAGGCCGAGUGGAGACACAGCACCGGUGGGAGGAGCGCCGUCGGGAGUGAAUGCAUUUGCUGUGCACCCCAGCCUGAAGCUUAUGCUAAGCGUGGGACGUGGAGAACGCUGCAUGAGGCUGUGGAACUUGGUGACAGGAAAGAAGGCUGGAGUGUUGAAUUUCUCGCGUGGCAUGCUUGGGGAGGUUCACGAGGGAAGGUUUGGGAGCGGAGAGGGACGCCGCGUGGCGUGGGGAAAUACGACCGGAGGGGAGGAAUUCGCAGUUGCGUUUGAGUGGGGUGUGUUGGUGUUUGGAAUGGAUUGUAAGGUUCGGUGCAAGGUCCUACCUGAUAGGCGCACGAAGAUCCAUGAGGUGCGCUAUGUGAAGCGUGACGAGGAGGGAGAAGAGAUGGUGCUGGCGAUUAGCACUGAGGAUGGCCGAAUCGUGUUUUUCUCGACCGAUCCAACGGACCUAGUUGCACCAGCAGCCAAGGAGGGAGAUGACGCUUUACCUGCGGCGAAGAUUCUUGCGCAGCUUGGCGGGAAGGAUGCCGGCGUGACGAACAGGAUUAAGGACUUUGCGGUCCUGCCGCUUGAGGAAUCUGGCUCAGUCAUUAUCGUGACUGGGUCUUCGGAUGGAGCUGUUAAGUUGUGGAGGCUGAAGAUGGCGGAUGUGCUUGGUGGCGCUGGUGGGCUAGUGGGCGAGAUGGUGGGAGACUACGAGACACAAAAUCGGAUUACGUGCCUUGUUGCGUUUGUGAUGCUGGACCUCCCAGAGGGAGCGAGCGACGACGUGCUGGAGGAGGAUGAGGAUGAAGAGGAGGAGGAGGAGAGCAGCGACGAAGAGUAGUGUAGAGGAUACCCGACCUAUGUAGGCGGAGAGAUAGCUCUUUAUAUAAUCUGUGGUUAUGGCUUCUGUUUUGCCCAUACGACACGCAUAUAAGGCGAAUAAUAACUGAUUCGAACUAUCACAUAUCUCCUACAACUAACAGCUAUAUUGAAGAGUAUUAGAACCUGCCUGAAUCCAC